AUGCAUUCCAUCCUUGCCUCGGCCGUUGCCCUCUCUUCAUUGCUCCCUCUGAGCCUCGCUCAGACUUCGGGCACAUUGAACACUCUCACAUUUAACGUUGCUGGCCUUCCCGCUGCCCUCAAUGGCAACGAUGUCCCUGGUGACAAGACGACCAACACUGCUCGUAUCGGAGAGCUUUUCACAAAAUACAACAUCUCGCUCAUCCAUGUUCAAGAGGACUUCAACUACCACGCUACCCUCUAUGCAAGCGACAAGCAUCCAUUCCGAACAGCCACUAGCGGUGGUGUACCUUUCGGUAGCGGCCUGAACUCGCUGAGCAACUAUCCUUUUACCAGCUUUAACAGGGUUAAAUGGAACACUUGCAGUACUUUCGAUAGCGCAGACUGCCUUACACCCAAGGGCUUCACUGCCAUGCGAGUGAAGUUCGCCGAGGGCGUCGUCAUCGACGCAUACAACCUGCACGCAGACGCUGGUACCACGGACGCCGACAACAAAGCCCGAGCAGACAACCUCCGCCAAGUCUCCGACUACAUCAAAACCUACUCCAUCGGCAACCCGGUCAUCGUCUUCGGCGACUCAAAUUCUCGCUACACACGCACCGACGACAUCCCCGCCGUCUUCAAGGAGCAAAACGGCAUGACGGACGUCUGGGUCGAUCUCAUCAAAAAGGGUGUGCCCCCCGCCAAAGGCGCAGACGCCCUCCUCUGCUCCAACCCCUCGACCACCAACGAGUGCGAAAUCGUGGACAAAACCUGGUACCGCGGCUCGGCCGCCGUCAAGCUCACAGCCAAGAAAUUCGACUACGCAGGCCACAUGUUCCUCCAGGACAACGGCGACAUCCUCAGCGACCACAACGGCGUGCUCGUCGACUUUGACUGGGCCGCCGUCGACCGCUUUACUCUCUCCGACGCUUUCGGCGGCGAAGGCGGAAACUGGUUUAACGAUCUCGAUACCGUUGCUGGUGUUAGCGGCGCUAAAGUCGCGUCGGUCACGCUUCGUGGGGCUGACCGCGUCGACAGUAUUGCGUUGAAGCUUGCUUCUGGCCAGACUCUUUCGCAUGGCGGUACUGGUGGCACGGAGACUAGCUUGACGCUGGCGAGUGGAGAGACGCUGAUGGCUGUGACGAUGUGUCAGGGCCAGAGGAACGGAGAUAACCGCCUCUUCUACGUUGAGUUCAAGACCAGUGCUGGAAAGACUGUUUCCACAGGUGCUAAGACAAUCGAUUGCGUUAUGAGGACUGCGCCGGCUGGUAAGAGCAUUGUUGGGCUUUUGGGUCGCGCGGCGGAUGGUGUUGAUCAGGCUGGAGUUAUUUUCUCCAAGUAA